AUGUCCACCCACCGCCUGGUGAUGGUCCGGCAUGGCGAGAGCACCUGGAACCAGGAGAACCGCUUCUGCGGCUGGUUUGAUGCAGAGCUGAGUGAGAAGGGGGCUGAGGAGGCCAGGAGGGGGGCCCAGGCCAUCAGGGACGCCAAGGUGGAGUUCGACAUCUGCUACACGUCGGUGCUGAAGCGGGCCAUCCGCACCCUCUGGGCCAUCCUGGAUGGCACAGACCAGAUGUGGCUGCCCGUGGUGCGCACCUGGCGCCUCAAUGAGCGGCACUAUGGGGGCCUCACGGGCCUCAACAAGGCAGAGACGGCUGCCAAGCACGGGGAGGAGCAAGUGAAGAUCUGGAGGCGCUCCUUUGACAUCCCGCCCCCACCCAUGGAUGAGAAGCACCCCUACCACGGCUCCAUCAGUAAGUGUGGAUGCCCCCAGGAGCGUCGGUAUGCUGGCCUGAGGCCCGGGGAGCUGCCCACUUGCGAGAGCCUCAAGGACACCAUUGCCCGGGCCCUGCCCUUCUGGAAUGAGGAGAUCGUCCCCCAGAUCAAGGCUGGCAAGAGAGUGCUCAUUGCAGCCCAUGGGAACAGCCUGCGUGGAAUCGUCAAGCACCUGGAAGGGAUGUCGGACCAGGCCAUCAUGGAGCUGAACCUGCCUACAGGGAUCCCCAUCGUGUACGAGCUUAACGAGGCCCUGAAGCCCACCAGGCCCAUGCAGUUCCUGGGUGAUGAAGAGACUGUGCGGAAGGCCAUGGAGGCUGUGGCUGCCCAGGGCAAGGCCAAGUGAAGGGUGGGUCUGGCAAUAAAGGCACCUCCCCCACUA